AUUCCCUAAGGUCUGCCCCGGAGACUCUUCUCCGGAGCUCAUUGGUCGAUCCCCAACACGGUCUCCAGAGGGGGCGUUCUGCCCAACAUCUGUUUUUAGUUUUGACAAUGCCCUGAAAAGCAUUUCUACUAAAAGAUAAGUCGCAAAUGUGGAUGAUGCAGCCUCUUUUAGUCUCGCAUGUAAAUAGUUAGUAGUUUCAUUAGUAAGACCGCAUACAUUCACCAAGAUAUCUACAGCCAUACAAUUGACCACACUAAACUAAACUUGUUUCAACUUGAUAUCGACUUAAAACAGAUAAUGCGUACAGAACCUGACAAAACUGGAUACAACGUAUGUGGGUGUUGCGACAUUCACCAGGCUGUUUGGAGAACAUUGGAAUAGUAUAACGUUUAGUGGGGUUAAACCAUCUUGCUAUGAGUAACUUUGGUCGUAUGAAUUGACACUUAUGGGGUUUAAACUUUAAAGGGCUUGAAUAAUGUUUUGACAGUAAACGAAACUAAAUAGAUUUAUUAUCAGAGUGGUUCUUGAAGCAAUUCAUGUCUAGCACAGUUUAAUUUGAUAAAAUAUCUUGUCAUGCCAUGCACUUUGUUUACAGCCUAAUAAUUCCUCUAAAAUGUAGGCUACAGACUUUCUACAAUGAAAAUACCGAACUAAGAACUCCGGUGGAAAUAAUCUCCGGGAAAAUGACUCUUUUUAUUAAUUACCAAAAUUCUAACAUUUAAGUCUCUGUAACGCAUUUCUUUAAUUUAAUCAGACUCCAUUUACCAAAUGCGAGUGAAAGGCAUUUCCAAAAUAGAACAGCCACAGCUGUACCAUGUCUGCGUUGCGGGGGUACAUGUGCAAACUUUGUACAGUUCCUAUACAAACAACAUAUGAACUACGACACUUUGUCUAUCAAAUUAUAUCCUCUAGAAGCGAUGUUUGUGUUACUUCUGUUUGCAAAAAAACAAACAAAUAUUUAAACGUGAUUAUGAAAAUAUGUUUACAAUUUCAUAACCCAUUUGAAGACAUGAAACUGGCCUCGUCCCCCGGAUGGCUGGAGAAGGUGGAACAGUCCGGCAGCAGGCAGCAGAAGCGAUGAGGGACUCCAGACCCAACGCAGUACACUGCAGCCAAGUAUGAAAGAACACAAUUUUGACAGUAGUUCAAUCAAACAGAUUUGAUUCAGCUGUUAGCGAUGUGACCAACGGCCCGGGUGACACUGCUGUCGGCUGUUUCAAACACAUGACAAACAACUUGGGGGAUGUGAGGCACGCCAUGGCAUCUCAACCCAGCUUGUACAGUGAAGAAAGGAAACUCCUUCGCAUCCAAGCCUGGGAGCAGAGGAACCAGGAGAUCUGCCAGGAGCAGACGGGCCACGCUGAGAAUGUGCCGCUCUUUGGAAAACCCUACAAGACCAGCAAAUGGGAUGAGCUGUCUUGCCGUAUCCAAAAGAUGUUGGGUAGCUAUGAGGACGGGAAGGAUCCCGAUCUGAACUCUGGGAACUUUGUCAAGGACCUCUUGGGCAGCUCUUCUAACCAUGCGUCCAUUAUGGCGACGUUAAACCAACGGCAGCUGACGCCCGCCCACGCCUCCACCAAGCCUUCAUUCCACGGCGGCCCGCGCCCCGCGUCCACGAGCACACCCGCCGAGACGCUCGCCAGGACCCCGCACGGCGCCGAGGCAGCCGCUGGCGCCGCCCCCCGGCCCUCUCCGGGCUACCUCCAGGAGGUGGCCCGCGCCCGCCCCCGGUCCCCCGGGCAACGAGACGACGAGGAGGACCUCCUGGACAUGGAGUACGCCCGCCUCCCCGCGAUGCUGGCGACGCUGUCCCCGCUAGCGGAGAUGGAGUCCCCUCUACAUUCCAGCGACGGCGACCCCUUCGGUCGACCGCGGGACGCGGAUCGCCAGGGGGCCUUCGACCUCGGCGCCGAGUCCCCGCAGCGAUCACUCGUCUCCCCCAUCAGGCCCAUGGAAACGCCGGAGCCCAAACCCCCCACCAAGGGCGGCCCGGCGGGCCCCCAGGCCUUCCCCCCUCCCCUGGCGUCCAAGGCGGCCGGUGUGGUGGUGACCAAGAAGCCCACUGCCUACGUGCGGCCCAUGGACGGGCAGGACCAGGUCAUCAUGGGGUCCCCCGAGCUGAAGCCCUCGCCGGAGCCCUACGAGCCCCUCUCUGACAAGAAGAACAACCACCACCACCACCCCCACCACCACCACAACAACAUCAACAACAACAACAACAACGCCGCCACCCUGUCAAAGAGCCUGCCCCGGACUCUAGAGGUGAGCGCUCGUCUAGGUUUUAAGAAUGCUAAUCCGGCUGUCUUAUACCGCUCCCUGCUGAGGGCCCGGAGGCGCUGGUUACGCAGCGGGCUGCGGCUGCGUAACCAGCCCCAUAUGUGUUUUGGGGGAGAGUUUGGCCUCAUGCUUCCAACGUCUCCUAGCAGUCUCCUCUUGGUGUAUUCCUAUUUCGCGAUCCUACACGGACUCUAUAAUUAUGGAUGCAUGUGUCUGAUUAUAGUAGCAGACUCUUACUUGUGUCCUCUUCCCAUGCUUGUUGUGCAGCCGAGGCCUAAUGACGCCCAGUGUGUGGAAGACAUUCUGAGGGAGAUGACUCACUCCUGGCCUCCUCUCCUCACCACCAUCCAGACGCCCAGUGCCUCCCAAACCCCCAGGUCUCCCCCAGCAGCCAAGGUACCGUGCUGCCGGCCGGCGCAGACUGACUGGUGCUUUCAUUGGCUGCUUGCCAAUACUCACCUCGCCCCACUUCUACCCAAUCAGCUCUGGUUCUUUCCACGGGCUUUGAGAGGAACUGUUUUGAAUCAAGAGGCCUCAUCAACGGAGGGCUGUUCUUCCCCCCCUCCCCAGGUGGUCGAGCGUGUCCAAAUCAAACAUCCAGAACACUAUGAUUCCCCUCCAACAGAAUCUCCAGUUAGCAGCCAGCAGAGUUCUGCAUGCACGGUGGAAGCGGCCCAUUCCAGCGGCGUCGAGUCAGCCAGCUCAAGUGACUCCGAGAGCAGCUCGGCCUCCGAGUCCGAGAACGACUCGGCGAGGCGGCGGCCCCCCCAGCCCCCCCGCGGCAGCAGCCCCGCGGAGGUCAAGACCCCGGCGCCACACGGCGAUUGGCAGUUGGCGAACUGGAUCCGGUCGGGCCAGCAGAACACUGGAGGUGCCGCCCAGACCCCGCCCCACAAAGCACCGCCGCCCCCGCAACCCUCCCAGCGCUCCUCAGGCCCCCGGGACGCAGCGGCAGCGGCGGCGGCGGCCAGCCAGCCCCCCAGGGACUACAAGCCUCAUGUUUCCUCUGACCAGGAGGGGUCGAGCCACAGCCAGGUCGCCAAGCCCCCGCAGUGUCGCGUUCCCCUGAAGCACUCCGCCCCGGCCCGUGCCAAGGCCUCGGACGACGCCGCCGCCGCCACCGCCGGCGGCCGAGUGAAGCCCGCCUGCAAAAAGCACUCUGCCAAACCGGGCAGGACUCUGAGCCCCAAACCCCCCAAGGCCGCCCCCCAGGCGGAGACGACGCGGGCGGGGCCUGCUGAAGACAAGGGCUCCUCCCCCUGCCCCCCCCUGACCUUCACGUACAGGCCCAAGGUGAAGACGAAAACGAAGCGCAGCAGCGGGGGCGGCCCCAAGGCGGAGCGCGCCUCGCUCCCCAGGCAGGAGGACACGUCGACCUGCGUCCCCAACGCGCCGCUCUCCGCCCCGCCCUGUCACUGCGGGAGGUCCCCCGACCGCUGCGUCUGCCCCGCCGCCCCCAGCCCCGGGGGGCCCGACCGGGCGCUCGCCGCCCCGUCGGCGGAGUCGAGCGGCGGCUGCGCCGGCGUCAAGAAGGAGCCCGCCAAGAGACCCCAGGGCGCAAAGAAAGCUCCCAAGACUGUGAAGCCGGAGGCCGUCCAGCCGCCGCCCGGCAAGCCGGCCACGGCCGCCAGGAGCCUGGUGCCGUCCCUGCUGGUGAAGAUCGACCUGAGUCUGCUCUGUAGAGUGCCCAUCGUCUCGGCCGUAGCCCAGGAGACCACCACCCCCCACCACCCCCAUACCACCAACUCCGCCACUAACAACAGCACCACCACCACGGGUACCUCCUCCACCUCGUCCUCCAGCAACAGCAGGGGUAAGGGGGCGUCGGAGACGGGGGGCAAAGGAGGUGACCCAUCCAAGUGGGGUCCGACGAAGAACAAAAGGGGACCGGCUGAAAGCGAUAAGAACCCACCGAAGAAGAGGCAGAAAAUGGAGAAGAAGGCCAAAGUGGUGGAGCUGCUACCAGGUCGAGCCACGGUCAAGUCUGAAAGUUCUGUCAUCGUGGUGAAGGAGGAGAAACGGAAGACAGCCAAGAAGCGAGGCGGGCCCCAGAGCCAGCAGCAGCACUGUAGCGGGCCCAAAGACCACGGCACUGAUGCCCGACACGGCAAGGACGGCAACCCAAAGCACAAGAGCACCAAGAAACACAAGGAGCACGCCAAGACCGGGAAGAAGGGCCCUAAGAGCAUGCUGAGCGUCCAGGCGUCCGCUGAGCCCAGCAGGGGAGGCUCCAGCACCAGACCCAUGCUCCGCUUCGAGGACAGGCUUUAUCCAGUGAAACACUACAUUAAGGAGGCAAAGAAACUCAAGCACAAAGCGGACGCAGAGUCCGAUAAGGUCAGUAAAGCCUUUGGCUAUCUGGAGGCGGCCAUGUUCUUUGCCGAGAGCGGCGUCGCCAUGGAAACGGAGCUGGAGACCUCAAAGUCUCCGUACUCGAUGUACGAAGACACGGUGGAGCUCAUUAAAUUUACACUAAAACAGAAGAAUUCAGGGGACUCUUCCGCCCUCCCUUCUGAAAACGACUUCACAGUGUUAUGUUUGAAGUGCCAGUCCUUCCUGCAGAUGGCCAUGUUCCGAUGUAAACAAAAAGUCGCGUCAAAGUAUUCCAAGACCCUCAAGACCCACUUUAUGAACUGCAAGCCCUCCCUGGACGCUUCCCUCGGCAGUUCAAGAAGCGCGGACGCCGCGUCCCCCCGGUCCUUCGCGGCGUCCCCGGCCCUCGCGGCCCCCGGCAGCACCACCAGCUCCAGCAGUUCGGGCCCCGGCUCCAACCACAGCAGCGGGGGCGGGGAGGGUCCCGCCGCCGCCGCCACCGCCGCCGGCAGCGCCACCUCCAACACCGUGUCCAUCCCCAAGAUCAUCCACCACGUGGCCUUCUCCUACGUCAACAUCACGGCGCUGUUCGUCAGCGCCCACGACCUCUGGGAGAAGGCGGAGGCACUGACGCACAAGAGCAGUGGCGUGCUGUCGGAGCUCAACGCCCACAUGGAGCCCCUGAGCCUGUCCUCCAGUGUGAAGGCCAUGGUGCAGUACACGCGGCAGGCGCUCAACUGGCUGAGGCUGGACGCCCAGAGCCUCAAGUGACCAAGAGCCACAACCGCAGCCCCAACAACUGACAUUGUCCAGCAGGACCCCCCCCCCCCCCCACACACACACACACACACACACACGGAGACACACACAAACACACAGGUUGGUGUAAGCAGUGAGGAUCAAUCCCACCCACCCUGAAACCUGAUUAUCAGUGCCUGGGUUCUCAUCCCCUUGCGGAGGUCUUCCAGUGGUUUUUAUCUUUGGGGGCGAGGGGGGGUUUGGCACCCAUACAAAUAACUGGACGUGCACAGCAAUAAACCCCCCAGUGAAUACCAUGCUGUAAGCCUUCCCAUUCCCCCAGUCUUCACAUCUCUGCUGUUCUCACAUCCUUUAUGACAUUUCCUUUCACCAGCUGGUCUUUCCAAUGCACUUCAACGUAAACGUCCCCGUUUCCAGAUCUAGAUUGACUAGACUAGCCCUGAAUGGUUUCAAAUCCUUACCCUUCCAGCUGCUGACGGUAGCUACUGAGGAGGUAGUCAAUUAGAAUCAUGAUGAUAAUACUACUAAUAAUAAUGAUAAUAAUGCAAAAUGGCUUGAUGCAAAUAGUCUUCAUGGCGGCUGGCUCUCUUCGUUUGAAGUGGCGACCCAGAGCUUCAUGGUAUUAUUCUUUUUCAUCAAGUAAUAUAUUGUUCUUGAAAUUAUUUUUAUAUAUUUUUUAUUUUGAUGAGGGAAACCGAAAAGGUGCGCCUGUGUCUCGUUGAGAGUCAUGAAGAACUAUGGGCUCCAUUCCUGAGCUGCAGCGACGCCCCACAUACAUUUAGAAUUGUGUUUUUAAAACAUUUCUUUUUUCCACCAUGUGAUACAGUGGAAUGCUUUAGUGAUGUUUGGUGUUAACUUAAAAAGGCCCUAACAGUUUAUGGCAAUCUAUAAUUAUUAUCUUUCUUAAUAUUUUCUUUUUAGAGAGAAAUUAAGAACUUCUAUUUUGUCCAAGGCUGUGUUUUUUUCAGUCGUUCAGAGAUUGAUUUGGUUUUGAAAUUAGUGUUCUGCAUUUAAUUUUUUCAAAGUCUGUUUCAUUUAGUACAGCUUUCAUCAAAAUGUGGCAUCAACGUGUGGUAAGAGCUGCUCACUGGGCUCUUAAUGAAUUGUCCGGACCAGUAGGUAGCUUCUGAGUUCUUCUUAACCCCCCCCCCCCCCAGUUACUUGGGACUCCACGUAACCAUGACUACAUGAAAGAGCCAAAUAAAAUGUAAGGAAACUAGCUUCUAAAAAUAUGCUUCAGUUUCAAAAUUCUUGAGUCAUAGUGCAAAAAAAAAAAAGGGGGACAAACACUAACCUUGCAUAUCAGAUCAUAAGUAUUUAAAUCUGCAUUCGCACUCGCCAUCUGUUGGAUUGGAUUGGUUUCAAGAAGUGAACCGUAGUAUUGUCACACUGAAAAGGGCUGGGGUUCCACAGGAACAGAUGUUCCAGCUCAGAGAAACUGUGCCUUACCAGACAAACAGGAAGUGAUGCUGAAUAGGUGGUGGACCACAACGAGGCCCUGUCGUUCAGAGCUCUGUGCGCUCCACAGAACCCGGAUGACGUUCAUGUAUUGCUUUUGCACUUAGAUUGAUGUUAGCUGCAGCCCACUUUAUAUGCAAACAUGAAAAUGUUUUGUAGUGUACGUUUAUAGCUCUCCCUUUCGUUUUAAGAGCAUUUGUGGUUUCACUUUUUUUCUGAAACUGCAUUUAGACUUGUGGUAUUAUUAUUCUGCACAUAAUCACUUAGUUUUAACCAAAGCUGUUUUCAUUUUUUGCACAUUUUUAACCUAAUUUCAAUAGUCUUUGUUCAUGGUUUACUGCUGACUUCCUGGAAUAACAGUCGCAAUUAAAUAUGACUUGCCUUUUUUUGCUAUUGGAGAAAAAGAACAUCACACCGACUUCUCAGGAGGCUUGGAGCAGUGCUUCCAUAGUUGUAGAGCUACGAUUAAUAAUGAAUAUUCCAAGCAUUGAAGCCGCCCCCCUUAAUCAUGACUACUCUUGGCACAUGUUGGAUCAACUCUGUCUUCAGCCAAUUAUUGAUUCGUGAUUAUUGAAAUAUCUAUAAAUAGAUGGAUUGGUCCAAAAACAUAGGAAAGCUGACUCAGUUAUGUUGAAUUGGGAAUUGAUAGAAACUGCUGGCAGCCAGGUAGCGCCUAUAGUAAGAUGAUGAAAGUAUUGCAACUGACAAAACAAACAAAUACACUAGGGACAUUGGCUUAAGGGUUUGUAUUUCUAUCAUGAAGACAUGAAUAACCAAGUCUCCCAUGGCCAACAUAAUCAUUUGUAUAAAAAAAUAAAUCCUUUCUUAUCAACGCUAUGAUUUGCAGGGGCAACAUGUUUUGACCUUGGAUGCUUUUGUUUUGUGAAUAAUGUUAAUGGGUUGCAAUGUACAGUGAUGAAUUAAAGAUUGCAAAACAAAGAAAUCUACCAUCUAAUCUCUCCCUCACAGGCUAUGAUCCAGGACAACUCAACGGUUUGCUUUAGUGGGUAGAAAGGCGUCAGACGAAGGCAAACUACAGAACAGUCAGGGUCUAGCCCUCUAGGUUUUUUUACUACCUCCAUAUAGGACUGAGUGCUGUGUAUGGCUUACAGUGUAGUGGUCAUACAUUGUAGCGCUGUGUGGACCAUUAUUUAUUAAAGAAAACCCCACCCUGACAACUUUUAUCUUUGUUUUAUUAUCCAGUUUUAGAACACUACAAAUGAAUAUCCUAGAAAAAAAAAAGUAAGGUGCUUUCAAACACACUAAUUACUGAUUUGGUACAUUAACACUUUUUUUUUUUUCACUGUCAUUAAAAAGCAAUUCGCCUCGUUGUUUAUGAUUCUGAUUCGUCUGCGAAGUUUGGGUUGGUAAAGGCCGGCUGUAAAAUAAGGACAACACUGAGUGAGUCACUGUGCUUAUCUUUUUGGCUUUACGUCACAGGCACAGCCGCUUCUUAAACUUACCACGUCGACUUUGUCCCGCGCUGUUGUCGUCGGCAGCCGCACGUUCAACCGAACUCCGCGGACUUUGACGAAGUACACGGUCAUGGCUAUCAGGGCGAUCAACGCGGAGGCCCCAACGAUUCCCCCGAUUAUUUGACCGGCCACUGCACGAAGAGGGAACAGGGUGGGGGGAAGGUGAAUGGUUGCCAUGCCAACAGCGAUGCUUCUACCUUGAAACGGAAAAACGUUUUUGGAUUUAGGGAAAACUUACGUGCAGUAGCGGGAGGGAUGGGGGUUUUGGUGGAAUCUCCUCCGUCUUCUCCAUCUGUUGAGGAAACCAACAAAGAACACAUGUUGAACACAUUCUGCUUCACAUUACAUUCUGGUUUUCAGUUAGAUGAGGAAGG